AUGGGGUUUAAUGAUAAACACAACAAUGCUGGUGGAAGCGACCCGGAUUUUGGUGCAAUCUUUAUGUCAAACACUGCAACGAAACGAGAGUGUUUAAGGAGUGGAUUGUUUGGGCUUCCGGCUUCUUAUAUUCCAUUUGUAGAGAAGAUUAAAGCCGGGACGACUUUGUUUUUGUUUGAAUAUGAGAAGAAACUACUUCAUGGUGUUUUCAUGGCCAACUGUGAUGGAGGAGUCAAUAUUGUUCCUAAGGCAUUUGCUUCGACAGGGAUGAAAUAUCCUGCUCAGGUUAAAUUCGAUCCGGUUUGGGAAUGUAAGCCAAUCCCUGAAAAGAUAUUCCGCCAUGCAAUCAUAGAGAAUUACUAUGCCAAUAACAAGUUUAGCUUUGGGCUAUCUGAAAAUCAGGUCGAAAAACUUUUAUAUUUGUUCAACAUGAACAAGGUAGAACCGAAGGUCCCUAGGAGACAUAUGUCUAUGAAAUCAGAGCGGUACCCAAUGGGUGAAGUUGGAAAAUCUGUUGGUCGUGGAAUGCUUGGCGGAAGUGUUCAAGAUGAUCCAGGAGAUUCUGCACACUUCAAUGGAUUCAGUGCUGAUGAUAUUUUAGCAAGCAAACGAAGAAGGUCUUUGGAGCUUGGAGUGGAUUAUACAAGUGGAGACGUUCGUGAUUAUUUGCGAUCAAAAGAUGAAAGCAGACUUGCAGCACACAACAAUAAAGGUGGAAGAUCUGUUGCUCGUGGAAUGCUUGAUAAAAGUGUUCAAGAUGAUCAUGUUUUGGGUGAUAAUAAUUUACCCAACUUGAUGCAUAACUACCCAAGAGAAUCUGCAUGCUACAAUGGAUUCAGUGCAGAUGAGAUUUUAGUAAACAAACGAAGAAGGUCUUCAGAGCUUGGAGUGGAUUAUACAAGUGAAGAUGCUCGUGAAUAUUUGCAAUCAAAAGAUGAAAGCAGACUUGCUGCACGCAACAAUGAAGAUUAUAUAGAUAACUACAACUAUGCUGCCAAGCUCCCGCUGGAUACUGCAAGCGGAUGUGUUGGUGAUUAUUCGGCAAUAAGAGAUUACAGCAGGCUUUCCUCCCACGAGAACAAAGAUUAUAUGGAUACACAUCUCAGGCCAUACACCAUAGGCGGGUACUCCAAAGUUCCUUCUGACAAAAUUAGAGUUCAUGGUGAUGGCAGGUCAUCAGUUAGUGGCCGGCUGAUGGGUGAAGACCUAAGAAAGACUGAUGAGAGGAUGAUAUUUUCGGAUGAUAUUCCUAGUUUACGUGGUUCCAGUGUUGAUUUGCCCGUCUACCGCAAGCCUAAUUUAGAGCAAAAUUCUUUGGGUGAAAAUCAUCUCAGGUCAACUUCUGCUAUGAUUCACCCAUUCCAUCUAAACACUUCUUAUGCACCACAAGGAAGCGAGAGUUCUAUCCUGUACAAUUCAGAAGCUCCUGGCUUCUCGUCUUUUGGAAUUGAUAAUGGUUCUGAGUCAAUGAGACCACCAGGAGACGAGAAUUCUAUCCUUUACGAUUCAGAAGCCCCUGGCUUAAACUUUAAACGAUUAUCGUCGUUUGGAAUUAAUAAUGAUUCUGAACAAAUGAGAGAAGGAUUUUCUCCUUCAACCAACUGCCGAAGGAAUUUAGUGAGUAGGGAACGACAACUCAUGCAUACAGAACCAAAAGAUAGUCACAGAUGGAACAGUGCUGAUGAUUGUUUUUCAAAUUCUGUAUUGUAUGGUAGUGACAGGGAUUGCAUGCCUUUCAACGAACCUCGAAAUUCUGACCAGUUGGCAUCAGGAUCUGCUUUAUAUGAGGCUCGCAAUACCAUUCCUUCCUUUAAGUCUUCACCAGCUCCCAUCCCUUCAGAUAUUGGAAACAGUGGAAGGACACAUGAACCGUAUUCUUCAUUGUUCCGUGAGCACAAUUCAUAUUUAGACAAUAAUGUUCAUCCCGUGGCAUUGCAAAACUAUCCGAGUCAUGAACUACCAAAAAACAAUGAAACACCAAAUCCAUAUGUUGAUUCAUUACCAUUGGAUCAUGGAUAUGAUAUUGGAUGUUACAGUGAUUCUCAAAAUAGCAAUUACGGUCAUCCAAAGAGAAAAAGUAGUGUGUUUUCUCGUUUAUCUGUUGUCCAGGAUGUUAAGAAACAAGGAAAGGGAAACAAUGCACAGAAUGAAGAAUAUGAUUUCAUUACUUCAGUUGAUGAAGUGAUGGAAAUGGUUCGUCAGACAAAAAGAAAGCCAAAGCCCAGUCAACAAAACAAUGCAGAAAGUUUAAGGGGUAAAACUCAAAUAAGUAGUCAGAGGAAGAAGAUUGUUUGCUUUGAAAGUGCAUUGGAACACAACAAGGAUGAAAGUUUGAGGAAUAAAACUCAAAUGAGUAGUCCGAGGAAGAUGAGAGACUGCUUUGAAGAUGCCUUGGAACACAAUGAGGAUGAAAGUUUGAGGAAUAAGACUCAUAUCAGUAGUCUGAAGAAAAAAAAGAAGGGGGAUUGCUUUGAAAAUGCCUUGGAAGAUCUAAAUAUGGAUUCCACAACUCUGACUGGAAGCAGUCCUAAAACAAAAGCUGAGAAGGCACAUUUUGUUGAUUUCAAGCGUCGAAGCAUGGUGAGGAAACAUAAUGAUGAGAUUGAGAGAAGCACUAAUGAUAGUAAAAAGAGUGAGAACUUGGGGCUUGUGCAACAAAAGAAAAGAAAGUUAAUCCGACCAAGUUUCAACAAGAGUGCAUAUUUUGAAGACAAAGAAGACUUUGGCGCUUCUCGACGAAAUUUACAUCUAACAUUGCCAAAUGGAAUUUGUAAUCAUAAAGAUGUCAAUGAAAGCUGUAGUACACUGUUGAACCAACGCGGUUAUGAUGUUAAAGCAGAGGCUGAAGUGCAAAAUGUCAUUGAUCCAACACAUUCUGAAGGCAAGAAUAGUAGUCAUGCUACAGAAUUUAUCUGUAGCAGAGAGGGAGAAAAAUCAAAAGUUCAAAAUGUUGUGUCCUCAGCUUCUUGCAAUGAGGAGAGUUCUCAUACCAAGAUAAAUCCUUGUAUGAUAGAUAAUGUAAAGUCGGCAUCUGUGGAGAUGGAAUGCUUGAAUGCAAUUUCUCAAGAAAAAGCAAAUGUGGGCAUCCUUUGUUCCUUAAAUGAUAGAUCAGAAUACGUGGAUAACAAAAAUCACCAAAAGGGUUUGUCCUCAGUUUCUUCCAAAGAAGAGGGUUCUCAUGCCAAGGAAGGUUCGUGUCUGAUGGAUAAUAAGAAGCCAGCAUCUCUGCAGAUGGAAUCCUUGCAUGCAAUUAGUCAUGAAAAAGCAAACUUUGGCACCCUUUUGGUAUUAAAUGAUGCAUCUGAAUGUGUGGAUAACAAGAAUCACCAAAAGGUUUUUUCUCCAGCUUCUUGCAAAGAAGAGAGUUCCCAUACCAAAGAAGGUUCACACAUGAUGGGUAUUGUAAAGUCAGCAUCUUUGGAGACUCCGCAUGCAAUUUGCCCAGAAAAAGAAAGCAUUGGCACCCUUCUUCCAUUAAAUGAUGGAUCAGAAUGUUUGGAUGACAAAAAUUACCUAAAGGUCUUGUCCUCGGCUUCCUGCAAAGAAGAGAGCUAUCACACCAAGGAGGGUUCAUGUAUGAUGGAUAGUAAAAAAUCAGCUUCCCUGGAGAAGGAAUCAUUGAAUUCAAUCUGUCAAGAAAAUAAUGCAGAUAAGUUCAUAUGUGCUGACAGAGGUAUUGAUCCUGAUAGUGAAAUGCCAAAAGAUUGUGGCUUCUUCCAUUGA